GUACGGACCCGUGAUUGGCUCAAAGGAUCACGCGGUCGUCUCCGGAGUUUCCAUCAUGAACAACACACUCGUCGAACGACGAAAUCUCAUCAGUCUAGUGAAACUUUGCGUCCGAGAUUUGCUCGACUCGGCUCUACAGAGUGAUAGGCGCGAAAUCAGUGGAGAUUGCGUCCACCUCCAAAACUUCCUCAAUCUGAUUGAGACGGUUCUUCGGCACCAAAUCAGAGCUUCGGGUAAACGUUCGAUGAUACCUGGGCUCCUGCCGUCUUCCGAUGCCUCUGAGAAAUCCCUGUGGAAUCUCUUGGAGUCUAUCCCUGGCGCAGAGAAAACGGCUGAGAACGCUCGACACAUACCAACGAUACAGAGCUACAGAGGGAAAUGCAGAGCUUGGAUUCGCUUGGCUCUGAUGCAAAAACAGCUCGCCGAUUACGUUUCGAAAAUGAUCGACAUGGACCUCUUGUCACAGUUAUAUCACGAGUCGGCUCUGCUGAGAAACGAUGAGUUCGCUCUGCUCUGCGGACUUCUAGUCGGUGUCAAUGUCGUUGAUUUCAACUUUUGCCUGAAGGACGAAAAUCUAGAUUCAAUCGAUACCACCGUGAACUUCGAACCUUACCUCCGAAGGGAUGUUUACUCUAUGUUCGACGAGAGGACUGAAUCGAAAAACUCCUCUCCCGACGAGUUUCAGAAAGUUCUGGAUCAGAAGAACUAUACAGAAGAGCUCAAUAAACAGUUGACGACGAAUGUCGAGAACCUCCGCAAGGAGAACGAUGAACUGAAGGCGAAAUGUCACUCAAUCGACACCGCAGACGACCUAGCACAACAAUUGCAUGACGUGAAAAAAAUCAACCUGAAGCUGUUCGAAAAAUUACAGGCUGCCAGUCUCGAGAAAGACAACCUUCAACAAAAGUUGACUUCCGUAGAGAAAGAACGGGACGACGCUGCGGUGCGCUCGAAUGAGCUGGAAUCACAAUUGCUCCUGAUCGAGAUGGAGCAUCGGCAGUCACGAGACGCUCAAGAAGAUCUCAGCGAUUGUAAACAGCAAGUAAUGACACUCGAGAGUGAUUUGAAGAUCGAACGCGAAUGGAGGAAACAAUUGCAAGGGACCAAUCGCCAACAAGGAGACAGGAUUGAGCAGCUCGCUGAGGAGGUGGCGCUCUUGAAGUCUCAAGUCAAACAAUAUGAAUCGUAUCGAAGGAAGUGCGAUGAUUUGGACAAGACUCUCGAAGAGAUGGGCGCCAAGCUUUGCGACGUCCAAAUCCAAAAAGAAGAGCUCAAGGAAAAGGCCAACAACAGCAUCAGUACCUGGCAAGACGAUAAAGAGGCUGAAGUCUGCACGGCUUGCGAGAAAACGUUCAGCGUUUCCCGUCGGAGACACCAUUGCCGGAAAUGCGGCCAAAUAUUCUGCGGUCAGUGCAGUGAAGGAAGCAUGCCACUGAUCCGAGGCGGGAAACCAGUGCGAGUUUGUGAUGCGUGCCAACAGGAACUCCUGCAAAUGUACUCUGUCAACAGCGCAGCCGUCCAACCGCGGAAGAAUAGUCUCAAGUCAACCUCGAAAUAGACGCCACGUGCUGUCGUUAGCCUUUCCCAGAAAUGGUGUCCCAUGACGAGGCGAUUUUCUGGACGCUCUCGAGAAAUUUAUGUAUCUCGGGAAGCUCCCGCAUCUGUUUUAGAAAUGGUCCCGAGGGGGCGAUCGUAUCAUGUUGACGCUUGGUGCUUAGCUGUUCAUCUUCCACGGUGAACCUUGUAUAAAUGCUUGAGAAU